AGAAUCGAAGUGGGAAGAAAUCAAAAGAUAGAGUUGCUCGAUCAACAUUCAAAUUUUAGAUCAUAAUGUCGUUAGCAACUAGUGGAGGAAUCGGCGCCGGCGCCGGCGCUGGUGCAGUGUCCAUGGCAUCUUCUGCCCACGCAGGUGCCGUUGCCAUGCCUAUGCAGCCAACUCCUCCGCCAGCAUCAGAUAUUCCUUUGGGUACGACCGCUGCCCCCGCAAACUUGUCGGCACUGGGUGCCGAUUUGGUGGAUAAAUCACAACAGCUAUCUCUUAGGCAAGCGAAGGAUUUAGCUGAGAUGCCGAUUGUCGCCAUUGAUUUGUAUUCCAAUGAACCUAUUGUGGCUUCUUUCCCGCCAAAAGUUAAGGACGGGCCAGACGAUGAACUGAUGCCCGAGCUCGUUGGAAGAAUGAACAACAAGGUCGCUAUGAAAACAUCCGAGGCAGCGCACAAGACGUUUCGAAAAUGGCUUUCCAAAAGUAAGGGUUACGAAGAUCUCCAGGCGGACGUAUUUACGAAAUUAGACGACAAGUCGGCUGUUGUGGUUCAGAGCCCCGAACUCUGGAUGGGACUACGCCGUCUCGAAAAGGGACCGGAUUAUCUGAAGAAAAUGGUGUCGUGCGACGACUCGAAUACACCCGCUUUCGCAGAAGAGGCUUCACAAGGUGUUGGGAUGACUCUGGCGAAUGGAACCUUGGAUGGGUCUGUCCCAGAGGGUGAUGACUUUGAUAGAGUGGUAUGCAAAGUCCGUUUGCAUGAGUCGAAGAAGGCUCUGACCGUCCUUCCGGAGGAAAUCCUUCAACUUCUAUUGAAUCAGGCCCAAUACCAUGUUUCACGCAAAGCGAAUGCCGAAGAAGAAAUGGAAAAUAUUAUUAGCUAUCCCUGCGCUAUUCCCGUGCCUGCACCGUACUGCAAUGAUCAGUCCGUAGAAGCCAUCUUGGAUGCCACUAAUGGCACAGGAAUGAUUUUUCAACGGAGUGUUUGCGCUUUGGCAGGUGCUCUUUUGCCAGGAACAGAACAGAAACCAAACAUGGUGAUGCAAGAAAUUGAUACGAUACUCCAAGAGCGCAAGAAAGCAUACCAACUGGAACAAAUCAAAAACCCAGACGCCACAUUUAACGACAGCACGUUGCUCUUGUUAACAGGUGUGACCAAAGAUACGACAGAAUGUACUGCCAUUGAAAUGAGUUCGAAAGGAACCGGUAAAUACGCUUGCCCUUACGGCAACUUCAAAGUAAUCUGCAGUGUUUCCUAUCGGCAUGAGAAACCCGAAUCUAUUUUGAACAAGUGUUUUGCCGAGCUCUUUGAAACUUUGGAUCAUGUAGCCCCUGAAGCGCCAACGCCAAUUGGAAUGGUCUCAUACGGUUCCACUUCAGAACAAAAGAAUAUUCAAGUGAAGUGGGAUAAGCUUAAAAAGG